GAACGAAAGAAAGACCAGUCUUCCCUUCUCUACUCUCUCUCUGUAACCUAUUCUAUUCUGUUCUACCCUAUUCCUCUUUAAUCUCUCUCUUCACAAACCUAUAGCCAUGACUGGUGAUGCUUUUCUUCUUCACCCAACCCCAACCAUCACCUCCAAUUCCAAUUCCACUAACCCCAAGAAACCCAAAGACAAAAAGAAGAAGAAGAAGAAGCGUGGUGGCAGCAAGAAGAAGAUGACUGCUGAGCAGAGUCUCGCUUUCAAAUCUGUAACUGAAUGGGUGUAUUUGGACCAACACCUCAACACUAACAAUUCCUCCUCUGCUUCUUCUUUUAUUGUCGAUGAUUUUGGUGUACAAAAGAGUCUUGGAAGAGGAGUGGAGAAAGUGAUGUUUGAAUUGCAUUCACAUUCCAAGUUUAGUGAUGGAUUCUUGUCGCCUUCCAAGCUUGUUGAGAGAGCUCAUGGCAAUGGGGUGAAAGUUCUAGCUCUGACAGAUCAUGACACACUGUCUGGUAUACCUGAGGCCAUUGAAGCAGCUCGCCGUUUCGGGAUAAAGAUUAUCCCAGGCGUUGAAAUCAGCACAAUUUUCUCUCCAAGCAGGGGCUCUGAGUCGGAGGAGCCAGUUCAUAUCCUUGCGUAUUACAGCAGCUGUGGGCCAGCAAGGUAUGAAGAAUUGGAAAGAUUGCUCGCUAACAUAAGGGAUGGUCGUUACAUACGUGCAAAGGACAUGGUCUUGAAACUAAAUAAACUGAAGUUGCCUCUUAAGUGGGAGCAUGUGGCCAAAAUUGCAGGCACGGGAGUUGCUCCUGGAAGGCUGCAUGUGGCCCGAGCUAUGGUUGAAGCAGGUUAUGUAGAAAAUCUGAAACAGGCUUUUGCAAGAUAUCUGUAUGAUGGUGGACCAGCAUAUUCCACAGGAAGUGAACCUCUUGCAGAGGAAGCAGUGCAGUUGAUAAUUAAAACAGGCGGGCUAGCAGUGUUGGCUCAUCCAUGGGCAUUGAAGAAUCCUGUUGCUGUCACUAGAAGGUUGAAAGAUGCUGGCCUUCAUGGGAUGGAGGUUUACAGAAGUGAUGGAAAACUAGCAGCAUAUAGUGAUUUAGCGGAUGCUCAUGGUCUUUUGAAGCUUGGGGGUUCAGAUUAUCAUGGAAGAGGUGGGCAUGGUGAGUCUGAACUAGGAAGUGUGAACCUUCCGGUGUUGGUCUUAAAUGACUUUCUUAAGGUAGCUCGGCCAAUCUGGUGUGCUGCCAUUAAAGAGGUUCUUAAAAGGUACGCAGACGAACCAUCCGAGUUGAAUCUGUCCAGCAUCACAAGAUUUGGUAGGGCUAGGAUUUUCAAAGGAAGUCAUCCUUUGAGUUGUGGCAAAGACUUGAUUGACCACUACUUAUCAUUGUGGCUAACCAAAGAAGAGAGUCAGAAUGCUGAAUUUGAGGCUAUGAAAUUGAAACUUUCCCAUGUUUCAAUUAAUCAAGGUGGGAUAAAUGUUCCUAUAGAGACUAAAUAAUUCUAACUGCAAUUGACAUGAUUGUACCAAUUUUUUAAGGCAAGGAUGAUAUUAUUGAAUUUUAUCAUAUUUAUAUUUCAUCAUUAGGGAACAUUAAUGUUGUUAUAAAUUUCUAA